GUAAGGUCUAUGCAAUAAGCAUCUAACACUGUGAUCGUGAUCUAACCUGACUUUUAAGUUAUUGCUUGCAUUACAAGCAUAGUGGGGUUAUCCAAUUUUUCAGUAGUAUUUUCCAAUCAAUCAAAAAAAAACAUGUCAGAUUCGUUUGAUUCAUUCUCAUCCAGUACUUUGGAUUCGAAAGGAGGCGAUAAAGAAUUACAAGAAUUUUUGAUGGUGGAAAAGCAAAAAGCACAAUUCAAUGCUCAAAUACAUGAAUUCAAUGACUUCUGUUGGGAAAAGUGUGUAGAUAAACCUUCCAAUAAACUGGAUAGCAGGACAGAAACAUGUCUUACAAAUUGUGUGGACAGGUUUAUCGAUGUUUCGCUUUUAAUCACAAAUCGAUUUGCCCAGUUACUACAGAAAGGUGGAGGCAUGUGAUAACCUUUCCAAAUUGCAUCUAUACAAAAUUAUAGGGCAGGUAGACGUAAUAUACAUAUAUUACAUUUUCAUUAGGUAAUGAAAUAAUAGUUUGUGAAAAAAACCUUUUAAAUAUAUUGAGUUGUUUCAGUCGUGA